AUGGCAGCAGAGACAGCGGAUGUGAUCGUCGUCGGGGCAGGCCUCAGCGGCCUGACGGCAGCCCGCGAAAUCCAACGAGCGGGAUACUCGUGCAUCGUGCUGGAAGCUGAAGACCGCGUCGGCGGCAUGCUGCUCUCUGUCGAUCAGCCCUCAAACUCAGCCAACGACAAAGUCGCCGUCGACGUCGGCGCAGGAUGGUUGAACGACACGACCCAGUCCGCCGUCUGGGGCCUGCUCACCCCCGACGAGCUCAAAGCCAUGUCCUCCUUCUACGCCACCCUCGGCGCCCUCGUCGCCACCAUCGACCCGGCCAAGCCCCACGCCCACCCGCAAGCCGCCUCCCUCGACGCCAUCACCCUCGCCGACUUCUGCGCCCAACACACCACCACCCCGCUCGUCUCCCUCCUCCUCAACGCCUCCGUCCGCUACCUCGUCGGCGCCGAGUCCUCCCAAGUCUCCGCGCUCUGGUUCCUCGCCCACUGCGCCGCCGGCACCGGCCUGCAAAACAUGAUGUCCGCCCGCCCCGGCGGCGGCCAGCACCUGCGCCUCCGCGCGGGGACGCAACGCAUCGCCGAGCGCCUCGCCGGCGAGCUCGCCCCCAACACCGUCCGCCUCUCCACCCCCGCCGCCUCCAUCGACCAAUCCACCACCACCCCCAUCCGCAUCACCACCGCCACAAAUGCCGUCUUCCUCGCCACCCACGCCCUCAUCCUCGCCAUCCCCUCCACCCUCCACCCCUCCCUCACCUUCUCCCCGCCCCUCCCCCCCUCCAAACACUUCCUCGCCACCUCCGCCGCCUCCAACCCGGGCUUCUUCGCCAAAGCCACCCUCGUCUUCGACCGCCCCUGGUGGCGCGACGCCGGCGCCGUAAACAGCGCCGUCGGCCCCCUCAGCGGCAUCUUCGAGUCCGUCCUCGGCCCCGUCGUCUACUCGCGCAACACGGACGUCGCAGCGGCCGGGCACUACAGCAUCACGGGGUCGAUCGUCGGGGAGGCGGGGGAGCGGUGGUGGGCGGGGACGGCCGGGUCGCGGGAGGAGCGGCGGGAGGCGGUGGUGCGGCAGUUGCGGAGGGGGUUUGGGGCGGUGAUGGAGGGGGGAGAGGGAGGCGUGCCGGAGCCGGUGGCGUAUGUGGAGGGGGUGUGGAGGGGGAGGAGGUAUGGCGGGGGUGGCGGGUCGGUGCCGCUGCUGGGGCCCGGGGUGUUGACGAAGGCGGCGGGGGAGAUGGAGGGGGGUGGGGUGGGGGAGCCGUUUGGGAGGGUGUUUUUUGUGGGGGCGGAGACGGCGGAGGUGUGGAGGGGGUAUAUGGAGGGGGCGGUUAGGUCCGGGUUGAGGGGGGCGGAGGAAGUGUUGGGCGUGCUGAGGAAGGGGGAGGUCGAGGCUGGGGGGCGGCAGCAGGUCGAGGUUGGGAAGCUGUAG